AUGGAAACGCCUGUGCGGACCCUGGAUCUAGAUGGCGUCCUCUCCGAGUCAAAGAGGAUCUUCAGAGCCAACUACAGCCACUUCCUCGCCUUAUCUUUCCUCUUCCUCCCUCUCUCUUUCUCUCUCAUCAUCAACCCUACCCUCAGCCUCUCCAGCAACUUCUUCACCUCCGAUCACUUCCGUAAGUUUUCCCCAAACCAUCAAAAACCUGUAGUUUCUAAUCUCCUCUACAUCCUAAUCGUCUACGUUGUCACCCUCUGUGCCAUAGCGACGAUCACCUACAGUACAUACCAUAGUUUCUCCGGUAAGCCGAUCAAGUUCUUCGCCGCCCUCAAGUCCCUAACCAUCUCCUUCUUCCCGCUCGUUUCGACCGCAUAUGUAGCUCUCUCUCUUCUCUUCCUGAUUUCGUUGACUUUCCUCCUGUUUGUUGGAGUAUUCGUUAUGUUGGGACAAAACCUCGGGUUUGUAUUAAUCGAUUACAACUCGAUUCACUUCACGUGGUUUUCAGCCGUCGUAGGUGCGACGUUAAUAGUACUCGUACUUUAUUUCCACAUGAACUGGUCUUUGGCUUUUGUGGUCGUUGUGGCUGAAUCGAAAUGGGGAUUUGCGCCUUUGAUCAGGAGCUGGUAUUUGGUGAAGGGUAUGAGAUCAGUUUCGUUGUGGCUUUUGUUGUAUUUUGGGGUUUUUCUAGGGUGUACUGUGUGGGUGAACUCCAACGUUCUUCAUGCGAUGAGUAGCCAGACCUAUGCAUUAUUGCCGAUGAUUCUUGGUUCGAGCAUGUUGAUGUGGUUUUUGCUAUGGAGCACUGCUGCGAACACUGUGCUGUAUAUGUACUGCAAGACUUUCCAUGGUGAAUUGGCCAUUAAGAUGGCCGAUGGGCUUGCUCACAACUACAUCAACUUGCCUUUCGAUGAUGAGAAAGCCCCUCAUGCACAUGUUGUCACUGUGGUCGCAGCUUGA